AUGCCGCCCAAGUACAACCGUCUCGACAUUGACAAAUGCAUCUUCCUCUUUGUGGACCACCAGGCCGGUCUCAUCCAGCUAGUCCGUGACUUCCAACAGCAUGAGUUCCAGAAGAACGUAAUGGCUCUUGCCAAAGUUGCCCAGUAUUAUAAGUCUCCAGCGGUGUUGACCACCUCUUUCGAUACUGGUCCCAAUGGACCCAUCGUAAAGGAAAUCACCGACUACCUCCCGGAUGCACCCCUGAUCCGCCGCCCGGGACAGAUCAAUGCAAUGGAUAAUGAGGACUUUGCUAAUGAAGUCAAGAAGACUGGCCGCAAGCAGAUUGUGAUCAGUGGUGUCUUGACUGAGAUCUGCGUGGCCUUCCCCGCUCUGAGCCUCAUUGAGCAAGGCUACGAGGUAUUCGUAGUGACCGAUGCUUCGGGCACAUUUGCAGAGCAUACGCGCGAGGCAGCGCACAAGCGCAUGGCGGGAGCAGGCUGCCAGCUGCUGAAUUGGGCGGCGGUUGCAGGGGAAAUUCACCGCGAUUGGCGGCGCGACAUUGAGGGUUUUGGAGCUAUCUGGCGCGACCAUAUCCCCGGAUAUUGGUGCUUGAUGCAAAGUUACGAAGCAGCUCAGAAGGCCGAGUAA